UCAAGGGAAAUGAGAAAUGGCACAGCAAUCAGAGAGUUCAUUCUGCUAGGCUUCCCUGGUAUCCAAGGACUACAAAUCCCUCUCUUCAUAGUGAUCUUUCUCAUCUACAUAUUAACCAUUGCAGGCAAUGGGCUUGUUAUUGUCAUAGUCUGGGCUGAGCCCAGGCUCCAAAUUCCAAUGUAUUUCUUCCUUUGCAACUUGUCCUUCCUUGAGAUCUGGUACACCACCACAGUCAUUCCCAAACUGCUUGAAACCUUUGUGGUGGCAAGAACAGUUAUUUGCAUUCCAUGCUGCUUACUGCAGGCCUUCUUCCAUUUCUUCCUGGGCACCACCGAGUUCCUCAUUCUCACCGUCAUGUCUUUUGACCGUUACAUGGCCAUAUGCAAACCCCUUCAUUACUCCACCAUCAUGACCGGCAAUCUUUGCCUGCAGCUGGCACUCAGCUCUUGGGUGAUAGGCUUCACCAUUGUCUUUGGUCAGAUGUUGCUGCUUAUCCAACUGCCAUUCUGUGGCAACAACAUCAUCAAUCAUUUUUACUGUGAUGUUGGCCCCAUUUUAAAAGCAGCAUGCACUGAUACCACCCUUUUGGAGCUCCUGGGUCUCCUAGCAACCAUCUUAGUGAUCCCAGGGUCUCUCUUAUUUACAAUAAUGUCUUAUGUCUACAUCCUCUCCACCAUCCUAAGGAUUCCUUCAGCCACUGGCCGCCAAAAGGCUUUCUCUACCUGUGCUUCUCACCUGACUGUUGUCUCCCUGCUCUAUGGAGCUGUUUUGUUCAUGUACCUAAGACCCACAACACACUCCUCCUUUAAGGUUAAUAAGGUAGUAUCCGUGUUAAAUACUAUCCUCACCCCACUUCUGAAUCCCUUUAUUUAUACCAUUCGAAACAAGGAGAUGAAAGGAGCCUUAAGGAAGGUAAUGACUUGUCCAAAGGCUCGUCAUCAAGAAUAA